AUCAGAUCUUACAAUUGUUGUCAUUCUUCAUUCUGGUCAUCAACAGCAAACAGUGUAUUUACUCUACACUAUGUUUUAUUUAUUUUCAAUAAGAAGUAACAAAUGAUAAAUAAUUUGUUAUAUAAUUUCUGUUUUAUUAAUUAUUCUGCACAAUUUAAAAGAGUUUGAUUAAAAAAAAAAUGUCGCAACCUAUAGAUGUAUCGUUAUCACCGGAAGAAAUACUAGCAGAGGUUAGAAAAUUCAUUCCAGAAUCAGUUAAGCAAUGUCAACGAACUAAUUGUCAUGAAGUAACAGUUGGAGCAUUGGUACUGUUGAGAAAUCUUCCAGCUGCUCGGGAAGCAGUUUUAGAAUAUUUAAGUAAGGUAUUUUUCGUUGCAGUAAAUCGUCAGAUUCGUCAUGUCGAGAUGCACCCGAAUUCCCCAUUGGUUGAUGAAUCGAUCAUGAAUGUAACAGUACCUCAGAUACACAAAGCACUUAUUGAAAUUGUGUCUUGUAAUUCUCAAGCCUGGGCACCUCUGGUUGCCAGUUGGUCCCUAGAUCUUCUUGGUAAAUUGUCCUGGCGUUAUUCUAAAAGAGCAAACUUGCUACCAGACUCUGGAAUAAAUGCAUAUUUGAAAUAUUGGCUGUCAUUUAAAUCAACAAGAAUUUUAGUCGAUUUAUCAGCAAGAUGUAUUAAAUAUUUAUCAGAUACUGAGGCAGAGUCAUGUAUGAAUGUCCUCACGCAAUCAAUCGCCGACUACAGUCCGUACUUUGAUUGGGUUGUAGCUCACAUCGGAAGUUGUUUUCCCCAGUUAAUUAUUAAAAAAGUUUUGCUUUGGGGAUUAAAAGAUUUUUCAAUCACCGGCGUUAAGAACUCACAAAAUGUUUUGCUUACGUCAGUAAAAGAAAUUUUGGGACAUUUGGCUGGCAGUCAUUUUUAUGAAAUCAAAGACGCACUUCUUGAUUUAUUUAGAUGGAGUUUAAAUGAAAAUAUAAAUGACGAUGAUUUGACAAGACGUCAAAAAGUAGCAACAGUACCGUAUUUAUUAAAGCUUGCGUCUCUUUCGCAAUUAUUACUUAAAGUAAUAACGACAGUUGUUCUUCAAACUUUAUUUCCAGUACGACCAGACGUUAUUCCACGUCUUGCAUUAUUUGCUACGGACUGGUGUAGCUAUUUUGACAAUCAGCCUGAAGUUUUGAUAAACUUGACAGUACACUUGGCUUUGGCGUGUGAACAAGAAGCGUGGCAGAUAAUAAGCAUUCUCCUUGACACCAGUUUGAAUACAAGCAACGUAGGUUACCAUGGAGUAAACGCAGCUCUGACUGUUAAAAAUGUCUGUCGGGAAAUACUCGAGAUGAUUCUCCAGGAAAUAGAUUUGUUGAUGCGAAUGAACGGGACUCAUAAUGCAGGAAUAGCUUUGAUGACAUCAAUCAAACAAGAUUUAUCACUUGUAGUGCCUUUACUUUUAGAUCCCCAACCUCUACGAGUACAGACAGCUGUGCGUCUUAUAUCACUUCUAGGUGCUCAGAGUCCGAAUGUUAUUAUUUCCGCAGCUUCAUUCGCUCUGCGAAAUUCAAAAGAUGAUUUUCAUCUUGCGGCUUUUGUUCGUUUGGUGGCAGAAAAUAUUGUGAUAUUUCCAGUUAUAAAACCAGAGCCAGAAAAUCCAUUAUCCGGCCACGGAUAUUUUACUCAGACUCUAGAUCAAGCUUUGAGAGAUAUUCAGUACACGAGUGAGGAAAAAGAUACUGAAGCUAGACAGUUAUUUAAAAAUUUAUCGUUGCUGCUGAAGUGGGAGAAAACAGACAGAGCAGUAAUUCUUAAAUCAAAAUUAAUUUCCCGCGGGUUGCAUUCAAAUCUUGAACAAAUCGCUACUCUAAUGAUGAAAUGCGAAGACACCGAACUGGCUCAUGAUAUAGCAAAAACUUUAGAUUUGUUACACACCACUGAGCAGAGUACUUACAUCUACAGUUUAGACUUGACGUUAAAAUUAACAAGAGCAGUGAUACGUUAUUUCUUCAUCUGCAUAGCAGAAAACAGCAUAAUAAAAAAACAACGCGGUGCUAAAAUAGCUCAUCGACUUAUAACUUGGAUUACAUCGCGUUUUCCAUGUGCGCGAGUUCUCGCGAUUCGCGAACUUGUUGAAAACAGUAUUUACGGUGAACCGGGAAAGUAUUUUGGAGCUAAAGUUAAACCUGAUGAACUAGUUAAAGACUUUUCGCUGUUACAUCAAAACCAUAAACACGGAACCAGUGUCAUGUUGGCUCAGCGACAUUCGUCAGUCUUUCAUGCCGGAAUUAUUGGCGAGGGUCCAAGAAGAUCCGUACCUGAAAAUAAUUUUGACAAAGAUACCAUAGAUUUCAAUAGUUUACUCCUACUGGACGCCAUAAAAGCUUGUUGUACCAACGAAGGGCUAAGUCAUUAUCCAAAUCUUGAUGCCAUGACAAUGGUCAGUUUGCUUCUUGUCGAACUAGUUUCCCCUGACGUUAUGUACAACGGAUUGCCGUGGCCGGAUGAAGAGUUUACUAAAGUUACCGUAGAAAGAGAUUUGCAGAUUCGCCGCUGGUUCAAAGACAUUCCUCUUCUUUGGACUCUACUGGAGUUGACUGCUAGACACAGGCCAGCUCUCACAUACUGUUCGGUUUUACUUCGUGCUAUUGCCGCAACGGUGAUUGCUAAUUGGGACAUCAAAGAAGGUACUAGACUUGUCAAUGUUAUGGCUCUUGGAAAAUUACUGCCGACACCUCUCAAUUGUCUGUCAGAUGUCUUACCCAUUCUCACUCCUAACCAGAUAAAUACUGUAAUGAAAGAAUGCGUAUGGGCUUACAUGCAUGAGAAUGUCCCUUCUCCAGCGCUCUUUACUCUAAACGAAGGUGCGAGUAUCGGCUGGAGAGACGAAGAUCAAGAUCCAGCAGCGACUCCAAUCAUCAGAUUUACAAAUACACUAAGAUUAUUUUUAAUUGCAAAUAUCGGUAAGACAGGGAUGGUUUACGCAACUUUUUUUUACAAUGACAACACGAGUUGAGUUUUAGUGUACAUUUGUAAAUAAUAAUAAUAAUAUAAAUAAAUAUAUUGUUUGUAAAAAUAAUAAAUGUGAGACAUAUUAAAGA